GCAGUAGCUUAGCCGAGCUAGCGGGCUAACGCGACUAGCUGGGUUCAGCUACAAGGAGGAAUUACAAUUAUUCCACCGAAAGACACUGAAGAAUGUCGGGGAAGGAGCAGAAUAAACAAUCCACCACCGAACGGCUCGUCAAAGCAGUGCCGUACCCUCCCACGACGCGGCUCACCAUGAAAGAGCUGUAUGAGGACGGCAAGCCCAAGGUGGAGCUUUUGAAGAGCCACCUGGUGAAAGAGGGCCGCCUGGAGGAAGAUGCGGCCCUACGCAUCAUCAAUGACGGCGCCAACAUCCUCCGCCACGAGAAAUGCAUGCUGGAAGUGGAGGCCCCCAUCACAGUGUGCGGAGAUGUCCAUGGGCAGUUUUUUGACCUGAUGAAGCUCUUUGAGGUGGGGGGUUCCCCACACAACACACGCUAUCUAUUUUUGGGAGACUAUGUGGAUCGAGGCUAUUUCAGUAUUGAGUGUGUGCUCUAUCUGUGGGCCUUGAAGAUUAACCAUCCGACCACCCUCUUCCUCCUCAGAGGCAACCACGAGUGUCGGCAUCUCACGGAGUACUUCACCUUUAAACAAGAAUGCAAGAUUAAGUACUCGGAGCGCGUGUAUGAUUCCUGCAUGGAGGCCUUUGACUGCCUUCCCCUGGCCGCUCUGCUCAACCAGCAGUUCCUGUGCGUUCACGGAGGCCUGUCCCCCGAGAUCACCUGCCUCGACGACAUCCGGAAAUUAGACAGGUUUAAAGAGCCGCCAGCUUUCGGGCCGAUGUGCGACCUGCUGUGGUCUGACCCUGGCGAGGACUACGGCAGCGAAAAGAGCUCGGAGCACUUUUGUCACAACAGUGUGAGAGGAUGUUCCUAUUUCUACAGUUACCCUGCAGUAUGUGACUUUCUGAUGAAUAACAACUUGUUGUCAGUUAUAAGAGCACAUGAAGCCCAAGAUGCAGGGUAUCGAAUGUACAGAAAAAGUCAGACGACAGGCUUCCCCUCUUUAUUCACAAUUUUCUCUGCACCAAACUACUUAGAUGUGUAUAACAAUAAAGCUGCUGUGUUGAAAUACGAGAACAACGUCAUGAACAUCCGGCAGUUCAAUUGCUCUCCUCACCCAUACUGGCUGCCCAACUUCAUGGACGUGUUCACGUGGUCACUGCCCUUCGUCGGGGAGAAAGUAACAGAGAUGCUAGUCAACGUGUUAAACAUCUGCUCAGAUGAUGAGCUCAUGUCAGAGGGAGAUGACACAUGUGAAGGUGGCACCCCGGCAGUCCGCAAGGAGGCACUCACUUUGUUUCUGUCCCGCCUCAUCCCGCAUCUCUGCCUCUCUCACGCCAUCCAAGGCUUCAACCCUCAACACAAGAUCCAAAGCUUCGAGGAAGCACGCGGACUGGACCGGAUAAACGAGCGAAUGCCUCCACGCAAGGACACCAUGCAGCCUGACGGCACUGCCAACUCCAUCAACGCAGCCAAUUCCCCCGACAAGAACGGCACCAACGCACAGGCGUAG